AUGGUCAUCCGUUCUCCCAAUUCACACCAGGGAGCCAAAAAGCAGCUGGUAAAGGCCCUCCACGGUACACUUUACCCAGCAGAGGACCCAGAGCCCGGGGAGGAAGAAGAGGUGGACAAGAUAGUCUGCAAGCACAGGCCAGGCAUUUUAAGACUCUGCAUGAGGAGACAACCACAAAUACAUAGCACAAGUAAGAAGAGAUGGGACGACUUUGUUGCUAAAGUGCAGUUUUACGGAGUUUUGAAGAAAGCGAUGAAACCACCUAUGACCCUGGAUCGUGUGGAAUUCUCGAUUGCCUUGUUCAAGGCACUCCCUACACUCUUUCCUUCACCAGCUGCACCGCCUAAGAAAUUGGGACAUGCCAGUGAGGCAUUGAUACAUGUUCUUCAGCCUACAGAAGAUCCCACCGUCUACCUCCAGAAGAGAUCUCUGUCCAGCCCCAUCUUACUUGUUGAUGACUCCAACUGCCUUGUCGCCAUAGGAACCACUCCCAUCACUACAUUUGCCAAGCAAGACCUGCAUGAGGGUUUGCUAUAUCUAAUGGCCUAUUACUACACAAUACAUCUCACUUAUCCGAAGUGUGUUGCAACCAUCCUUUCUGUUAUUCAAACAGAAAUAUUGAAGGAUACUAUCCAUGACCGAGACGCCACAGCCUCAUACAAAAAAGCCAUGGCUGAGUGGAAAGCUUUUAUUGGGGAGUAGAUCUUGGUGGUAGUUAGGUUCCCAACCUGUUUCUACAAUGCUCACCCGCAAUGUCUAUGGGAGAGAAUAACAUCCCAGAAAACAACUCAUGUACAAAAACAAAAAUGCAAUAGUCAGCCCAUCAUUUCCUUCCAGCCCUCCUUUCCUCAAACUGCAGGUAGCUGCACCUUCAAAGUAAGGGUCACUUGCCAUAGCCACCUCUCUGUGGGCAUUGCCCACAUUCAGCCAGCAGGUUUUCCACCUUUUGUUUUUAAGGUGCAACUAGCAAUACAAAUUUGAUCAUUGCACUUUACAAAUGAUCAGCUGAAAAUUGCAACUUUGCUCUUUGUAAUGUAAUUAAAAAGCCAGUCAUUUUUAGGUCUAUAUAUUGAGUCGUGCCCAUUUGCUGGGCACAACUCAUGCUCGCUUAGACAUAUACAAUGUGGGUGAGCUAGGUGGUAGUUGGGCUAGUUAUUGUUAACAAUUGAUACUGGUACCAGUAUCUGUUUUUGCAUUGAUACUUUGGACACAAGAGACAUGACUUUCUAUCAUUCAGUGUUUGAGAAUUUUUGUUCAACAAUAAGAGAAAACAAUAAUAUUGAAGCUCUUAAGUUAUAAUUCUUCAUUUUUGGUUAUCUAACACAAAGUAAUGUUGAGUGGUUUUCAAUGUUAUAAUUUAAGUUUAAAAUUAUCGUCAUGAUUAAUUCAUACGUUUUGUAAAAUGCAUGCUAGGUUCUUGUUUUGAGAUCUGUCUACUUGAAUUCAGAAAUAAACAAAUGGUAAAAGAAAA